AUGACGAAGAUAAUGAUCGUGCCAUUCUCGAAAUUGGAUAGCUGGGAGAUGAAUGCUACUUUGUUCCAAGGGACGGUCUUCGUUGAAGAGAACCAUAAGAAGAAACUAUCCUCCAGAGACGACCAGUACUCAGCUGUCGCCCACCCAGGUGCAAUGUCUCAAGAUCUCAUGAGCUAUUGGGGAUACAAGUUCGAAACUCUUGCACUGUUGAACGAGCCAUGGUGUAGCACUUCACGAGAAUAUAUCGACUCUCGUGAGGAUCAAGUUGUGAGCAACUACGCGCAAUACUGUUCGAUAGUCCGGACGGGCUUCGGAAAAGUCAAGAUGAUCAUUGGUGGAGAGGUCGAUGCAGUAUCAGACCACAAGCCAGAAGACAAGUCGCAACCAAUCAACUGGGUUGAACUCAAGACAUCUGCCAUUGUUCGGAAUGAGCGUGACCAGAUCAAGUUGGAGAGAAAGCUUCUCAAAUUUUGGGCACAGUCGUUUCUCCUCGGUGUGCCUAAAAUCGUGGUUGGGUAUCGUAGUCAGCAAGGUAUGCUAGAACGUCUAGAAGAACUUGACACGCAGAUGAUCCCCGAGAAAGUCCGAAUGAAUGGAAAAGGCUUGUGGGACGGUCAAACAUGCAUCAAUUUUGCUGCAAGCUUUCUUGAAUGGCUGCGAGGAGUCGUGACCACAGACGGAGUGUGGAGGAUCCAGAAACGAGAGAAGGUGCCCUUCCUCGAAGUGUUCCAGAUUGAAGAAACUGGACAUGGUGAUAUCCUGUCACCAGCAUUCGUUGACUGGCGCACAAACGGUCUGCCAACGCAGAAAUUGCAGAACGAAGGACAACAUCACCCAGUGGCGAAAGAGGUCGACCCAACCUAA